GGGCCCAGAAGGGGGUGUGUCAGGGAACCCGGGAGAAGUAAAGCGGGGCGGGGGGGGAGGAAGGGAGCCCGAUAAUGGCGGCCAGGAGGAGAGAGCUCCGCGGCAGCUCUGAGACACCUUGACCUUGAAGAUGGUGAGUAGCCAGCCAAAAUACGAUCUAAUAAGAGAGGUUGGUCGUGGCAGCUAUGGUGUGGUAUAUGAAGCAGUAGUAAGGAAAACCUCUGCACGUGUUGCAGUGAAGAAAAUUCAGUGUCAUGCUCCAGAGAACGUAGAACUAGCCUUGCGUGAGUUCUGGGCACUUAGUAGUAUUAAAAGCCAACACCCAAAUGUAAUCCACUUGGAAGAAUGCAUAUUGCAAAAAGACGGCAUGGUUCAGAAGAUGUCCCAUGGUUCCAGCUCUUCGCUUUAUUUACAGCUUGUAGAGACCUCCUUGAAAGGUGAAAUUGCCUUUGAUCCCAGAAGUGCCUACUAUCUUUGGUUUGUGAUGGAUUUUUGUGAUGGAGGUGAUAUGAAUGAAUACCUCCUAUCCCGAAAGCCCAGCCGUAAGACCAACACUAGUUUUAUGCUUCAGCUUAGCAGUGCUCUGGCUUUUCUGCACAAAAAUCAGAUCAUUCACCGCGACCUCAAGCCUGACAACAUCUUGAUCUCUCAAAGCAGGAUGGAUGCUAGUGACCUGGAACCUACUUUGAAAGUAGCUGACUUUGGCCUAAGCAAAGUUUGUUCAGCAUCAGGACAAAAUCCCGAAGAGCCUGUGAAUGUAAAUAAAUGUUUUCUGUCUACAGCUUGUGGCACAGACUUCUACAUGGCUCCUGAAGUUUGGGAAGGUCACUACACUGCCAAAGCAGACAUUUUUGCAUUGGGGAUUAUAAUCUGGGCAAUGUUAGAAAGGAUCACAUUCAUAGACACAGAGACAAAGAAAGAACUCUUGGGCAGUUACGUAAAACAAGGGAGUGAGAUUGUACCUGUUGGAGAGGCAUUGCUGGAAAAUCCAAAAAUGGAACUACUCAUACCUGUUAAGAAAAAGAAAAUGAAUGCUUGCAUGAAACAGCUGAUUAAAGAAAUGCUUGCUGCUAACCCACAAGAUCGGCCAGAUGCUUUUGAACUAGAACUCCGGUUAGUCAAAAUUGCUUUUAAAGACAGCAGUUGGGACACGUGACUUCCGAAGUACUUUGCCUUUUUGGCAGAAAUGUGUGUAACAAUGGUGCAGCAUUUUAAACAAGCAAAAACCAGACUAACCCACAUGUUAUGUGUCAGGGUUCCAUGUGUUUUCCCCAUUGCAUUUCUCUUUAUUUUUGUACGCUAAGCAAAAGGUUGCUCUUGUUUCAGUAUCCAAAUAUGUAUAUUCCCAAGCUACAUCUGUAAAAAGCUUUCCAACUUGUCAGGAAAAUUUAACAAGUUAGGCAAUACUUUUCCAGGAAUACUUUAUGGAAUAUUUCAAACAUUCCAAUUUCUUACUGUAGAAUCUUGAAUGCCCUUGAAGGAGAAGACUUGCAUGCUGGUAAUGCAAAUCAUCAAUCCACUUUGUAGAGUAAAUGUGUAUAUAUUUAUGUCACAAUGGGUGAUGUAACCCCUUCCAAUAUGGAAAAGUAUGUUCCAAAUUUAUAGAAUUGAAUGACUGUGACAGAUUCUUUGAUGCCCCAGCGUCUGUGUCCAUUCCCUUUUCUUCCCCUUAAAACAAUGUGAUGACACGAAAUGAGGUCUACAGUAUGAUGCACAAGAACCUCUGAUUCAAGCAAUGAAGGGAAAAUCUUAAUUUGGAAGGUUGCAUUUGUAUGGAAGGUUGUAUUAAAUAAGUUGAUGGCUCAUUCCAGUUGAGGUGCCAACACUUUGUUGUGACACAUUUAGCUAUGUUUUUCAAGGAUAACCAAAUGAUCAUAUCAUAGACCCAGAGUUACUGGUCACAGCUAUAUUUUAUAUUUGACAUUAAGUCUUAUUUGAAUUCAGGAUUUUUUUUUAAAAAAGGAAGAUUUUUAAAAAAUAUCUUCAACUAUGGUUCCCUCAAGAUUUAGUUUGUUGUCCGGCAGAAAUUUAUUACCCCACUUCCCCAUGCAGUUUGGGUGAAAAUUAUAGAAAAUUGGGCACUGUUUUCUUAACACAUGUACAGAGAGUGGCAUGUAUAAUUAGUUCAACCAGAAGCCUAAAUGUUCGUUCCAUUACCAUUGUGCCACACUGAUGUGACAUUACCACUAUUGCCCGCUGUAUUGGAACACAACUGGAGUCUGUACUGCUAAAGUGAAUCCCAGCAU